GAUCGGCGGCGGCAGCUCGGGGACCGCCGCUGCCCCGGCUGCCAUGAGUUGUGCGGAGGUGAUGUAUCACCCCCAGCCGUAUGGAGCGCCCCAGUAUCUGCCCAACCCUGUGGCAGCUGCAACCUGCCCCACAGCCUACUACCACCCGUCGCCCCAACCUGGCCAGCAGAAAAAGUUAGCGGUAUACAGCAAGAUGCAGGACUCUCUGGAAGUCACCCUUCCCAGCAAACAAGAGGAGGAGGAGGAGGAGGAUGAGGAGGAGGAGGAGGAGGAGAAAGACCAGCCUGCCGAGAUGGAGUACCUUAACUCUCGCUGUGUCCUUUUCACUUAUUUCCAGGGAGACAUUGGGUCAGUAGUGGAUGAACACUUCUCAAGAGCUUUGGGCCAAGCCAGCACCCUCCAUCCAGAAUCUGCCAUUACAAAAAGCAAGAUGGGGCUAACCCCCCUAUGGCGAGACAGCUCAGCUCUCGCAAGUCAGAGGAGUAGCUUCCCGACUUCCUUUUGGACCAGCUCUUACCAGCCCCCUGCACCCUGUUUAGGGGGAGUUCAUCCUGAUUUCCAGGUCACUGCACCCCCUGGCACCUUUACCACAGCGGACCCCAGUCCCUGGCCGGGACAUGGCCUGCACCAGACUGGCCCAGCCCCUCCCCCUCCUGCGUCUGAGUCUUGGCACUACCCUUUGGCAUCUCAGGUGAGCCCAUCCUACAGCCACAUGCAUGAUGUGUACCUGCGGCACCACCACCCCCACGCUCACAUGCACCACCGGCACCACCACCACCACCAUCACCACCACCACCCUUCUGCUGGCUCUGCCCUGGAUUCAUCCUACGGGCCCCUGCUGAUGCCAUCAGUGCGAGCAGCCAGGAUUCCUGCUCCCCAGUGUGACAUCACAAAGACAGAUCCGACGACAGUCAGCACUGCUACCUCAGCGUGGGCCGGAGCCUUCCACGGAACUGUGGACAUAGUGCCAAGUGCGGGGUUUGAUACAGGUCUACAGCACCAAGACAAGAGCAAGGAAUCACCAUGGUACUGAAACGCACAGUAUUAAUAAGUCAGAUUGGAGCAUGAAUCCUCGGGCCCACUGGGAAUAGAUGCUGCCAGGAUUUUCCAUUCUGCGAUUGGACACAAUAGACAUGGAAGGAGAAGAGGAGUGUCAAUCAGCUGACUUUGCAUUGGAGACUUUUCUUGAGAAAGCAGAGUGGGUCCUAGACAUUGAAGAAAAGCAUUUUUGUUUAUUUUUCCCCUCAUCUGAGCCUUUGCCAACUGUGCAACUCUUUUUAUUUUAUUUUAAUUUUUUUGGUUUUUUAUCUCAAUACAUGGUUUAAUUUUUGUUUCAUUUUGAUUUUUUUUAACCAACCACCUUGUCAGGAAAAGAUGAAUCACAAAUGAAUAUGCUCAUUCUUUCAGGAAUAAAAUUUUAUAGCUCUAUGUGCAUCUAUUUUUGUAGAAAUACAGAAAGUUUGAUUUAGCAUUGAUGGGCUAUUUUUGAGGGAUGUAUUUUUUUUAAUAUUGUAAAAAUUUUUAAGUUCUGUUUAAAGAACUUGCUCUCAGAGAAGCACUGGGAAAAAAAUAAUGUUUAAAAUGCUUGUCUUUUAAGAUGUCUGUGAUAUGCUCUGUGCUUUCUAGGUUACCUCAAGUGUCUGAUAGUUUAUCCCUUUUUACAAAAGUAACACCGUAGCCAAGCCGAUGUAGUGCUGUAUCACAUUAAAUCUCAGUGAAGAUUGAAUUCCAUGCUACCUUACUUUGCUUUGAGUAAUAUGUAUAGCUUGAAAAGGAAGUUUUUUUAAUGAACACACUAAAGAAAGAAUAUUUGAUUACUUCGAUUUCUCCCAAUUAGUACUUGUAGCUUGAUUUAAAAAGUUUUACAUAAACCUCCAAUCAGAUGAAGAGUUUGCAUAGAAUAUGUAAUUCUCUUUCUAGUCCAUCUGAGUUUGAUAAAUGGAACCUGAGGUUAUAUCCAACUACUGGAAAAAAGUGCAUUUAAUCAUGCUACCUUGGAGUGCCAGUGACUUAUUUUUCUCAUUCCUAAUUCAUGGCAAUUUUUAAGGUCAUAUAUUAAGUGGAGUUCUUUUCCUGAACAUAGUUUGAAGGGAUACUAUUUGGGAAAGUACUAGACGUAUUACAAAGCCUUCAAUUCAAUGACUCUUUCUGAUCAUGUUACCUAUCAUUGUGAAUUGAAAACUAAUGUAGUGUAUGUGCAAUAUUUUAAACAUAGGUUUUUGCAAGUUUUUUUUUUAAAUCUGGGUUUAGGUGAUUUAAUGCUUUAUAAGAAAGACACUUAGAGCAAAAUGAAAUUUCAAUUUGAAUUUAUACCACAUUUACUGAAAUUGGGUUUACAAUUUGAUAAUUUGUUAUUUAAAAUUUAUUUUUGAAAACCCCAAUUCAAAUUGAUUGGCCAUCAGAAUGUAAAUAAGGUUAAGUUGGAAUUAUCAAGACCCUUCUAGAAAAAGAUUAUGAAAGUAGCAGUUAAUGAUAGUUUAAGGACUUUUAAUGCAAAGUCCAUUCUUUUUUCCAGGUCUUUUCAGAGAUGGGUCAUGUUAAAAAGUUAAUGUUAUAGAGAAAUUUUUUGUUUGGUAAAAAAAAAAAAAUCUCAAAUUUUUUCCAUCCCCAUCUUCACCCAUGUGAAAUACAAUAUUUAGUGAAAGACCACUUUUCAUCUUAAAGUGUGUAUAUUAUGUAUGUGAACAUUUUAGAUAUAAGAACAACAAAACCUCUGCUUAGCUAGGCAGAGUUCUCACAGAUAAUUUUCAAAUAUGUCCCUUAGCUGUGUUUCAUGUACUAGUUUUCUUUCCUGGAGCAUCUCAUGAGGUAUACACUGUCUUGUGGUAUUCUUAUCACUCCAUCCAUUGCUUUUUCUUAGCCAGACUCUCCUUAGCACAAUAUGCAUUGGUACCUAAUGUGAGGUCCAAACUUAAGGUAUCUUCCGCUUACUAAUGACAUGAACUUAGAUUUUUAGGGCCUGGCUUAGUUAAAUGAUCUACAUUUUGAUUUACAAUUUGAUAUAUUACAGUUGUUAGUAAUUUUGCCAAAAUCUGUGGAGCACAGAGUUGAAUGUAUCUAUAAAAUUGGUUUCAUUUGUGUCCUCCUGAGUUUUCAAAGACAAAUAUUUGGUAUUCCCAUGGGAAGACUCACUGGGGAUUAUUUAUUUUUCUCUUCUUCCCUUGGAACCUAUUAACUUCCUUUUCAGUGUCUCUGAGAAUGGUAUGGUAUACCAACUCAUCUAAAUCAUUCAAUUGGAUUUCCCCAGUUAAGAGAAGAAAAGUAUUAACUUUCUGCUCUUUUCCUUAUUCUCCACUGAAUUGAAUUGAAGGAGAGAGAGCAAUUAGAUAGCUUCACUCUAAAUUGAGACUGUGUUCUGUGUCACUCCUGGCAACCAUAGGAUAAAAUAUUCCUUGGCUCUGGGGGCCUAAGAAAAGUUGGGGACCUAAAUUCUGCUGUACACGGAAAAGAUUUGUAAGUGAGAAGGGACCUAGGUGGUGUUGGCACAGCAAGGAUUAGAUUUUUGCAUAUGCAAGGAGUGGAUCCAAUCUAAGUGAAAAAAGAAUGAGUGCAUGUCUACAAUUGUCUGGCACCCCUUACUAUGAUCACAUUAUCAUUACCAGCAGAAGUUAUAAAAAGAUCAGUUGUAAUUUAGCAUGGUAUUCUGAAUUUAUUUUAGGUUUAAAAUGCUAGCACACUCUGGGUCUGGUUUGCUAACAUCAAAAUGAUGCAGUUGAACUUAGAGUCUUCCAAACUGCUUUAUUGAAGGCUGCCACCUCCUUCCUCAAUUUCACGUGGAACCACUCUAUCUUUGACUAUUUUAGAAAUUACUUAAGCUUUCUAAAAAUCUGUGAACUAGCCCCUAGAAAAUGAUCUGAUUUAGUUGACAUCUAGUCUAUUCUUCCACCUAAACUAUCAUGAGCUAAGGAACAACAUAAUAGUGACAAGUCGAUUCUAACAGGUUAUCGGUCCCUCAUUGUUUAUUUGAAAAGAGUGCUAAACUUUUUAAAAAUCAGUGUUUCUUCUUAAGAAGGUUAACCAUCCACUCCUCUAUUUUUUCUUCUUUCUCAUUCCUCUUAAAAUUACAAUAUUAUUUUAAGCAAAAGUGGCCAGGAUUGUUUUGAAUUUUGCAAAUGAGAACUAGUGGAUGACAAAUGAUUGAGGAAUUAAUUUCUUUAACUUUAUAAGAAACUUUAAAAACAACACAUCCCAGGCAUUGGAUUAAAUGUGCCAUUGAGGAACUCAUUCAUUAUGCACAUAGUAUUUGCCCAUUCUUACUCUAAGUGAGACCUAUAGAAUACAUGACAGAAUCUAUCUCACUUUUACAUUUACUUUCUGGUUUAAUGUUACAUUUGUAAUUUAAAGGAGCAAUCAGAAACUAUAUUUCAAGAAACUGCAUCCUAUUUCUCACUGAGUGUCCCUUUGUUAGAUAAUAUUUGCUGAAUUAAGUCAAUGGGGCAGUGGCAUUAACUGUAGAAAAGGAAAGAAUUUAUGUUAGCGUUCUGAUGGGGAUAUGAAUUGAGAAGUCGAAUGAAUUAAUGGAAAAGUGCAUUGUGUUGGGCAUUAGGUCAUUCUCUGAAUUCUGGCUUAACCACAAUUAGAUAUAUGUGAUUUGGGGGUUUAUUUAUUUAUCUCAUGAGUAAAGUGGGAUAAUAAUACCUACUGGCAGGCUGUGAAGGUUGAAAAUCAUAUAUAUGUAUAUAAAAUCCAUCAUCAGCUCAUAGUAGAUGUUCAAUAAAUAACAGCUCACUCAUGUCUAUCAGUUGAGAAAGUAGGUCAUAAAACUGAGCUCCUAAAUGUCCUCUCUCUUUACUUCCCAUACCCAUUUCUGCAGCAGUAGAUAUAUCACUGUGCUUUUCCAUAACAAAUUAAUGCAAGAGAAUCUUUGCCUUCUACUAGGUGUUGAAGAUAAAAUGUAAAAUUCUUAAUUAUCUCUAAUAUUUGAGUGUACCAUUUAUGAAGGAAAAUAACCUCUUAGUGGUAUCUAGGUUCAACUCUGAGUUUUCUUACUUAUUCCAACAUUGGAUUCAUCUAGGACCCUGUGUAUUAUUUUCUCCAAAAUUAAGGCAACAGGUUUAUUAAAUCACCAAAGUUAUUGUUUUUCAGUUAUAUUUGGGGCUUCCUUAGCACCUGGAAUAAAAACAUCUUUUUUGAAGUUAUUCAUUUUUUUUUUCUACUUGCCAUGGAGGAAAAACUGCAAAAUACGGUGGAAAAAAAUUGCCUGCAUGUGAAAGGGAGAAAAAAGAAAAAAACAGAACCCUUUAAGAUCUCAGUCAGCAGAUUUACUCUGCUUGAGAAAAAAAGAAACAACUUUAUUGGAAGCAGAUGUUGACACUGUGUCGGUUAUUGAAGAUGGAAAGAGUUCAGUUGAACCAUUGCAGUUACAAAGGGGUAUUGAUGGCAGUUAGAAUUCCUGUGAUUGAUCACCUUCACAACAGACAGAAGGACAGCAGAAAGCAGAAACUUUGAGACCAAGACUGUAAUCAGCCUGCCAAUUUUAAUAUGCAGGACCUAAGGAUGCAGUUUUGUUUUGUUUUAUUCUUUCAUCCAGGAUAAAAGACACAUCUUUGAGAAAAUGUAAGCCUUGUUUGAGAGAGAAAUUAAAAUGUAUUUCCUAAAAUCUUGGCCCAAGAACCCUUUAGUAUUAAAGCAUUAAAACUAUUAUUAAAGUUGUUUUAGAAAAAUUAGGUUAAAGUUUUUGUUCAGUGAUGUAUAUUGUAAGUGAAUCUGUAAACUACACAAAGGUGGAUGACUCUGGAGAUUGGGGUAUGGGUGGGGCCUGCAAGGAGACCUGAGUCUAAAUAGCCUCAAAAUGUUAAUUACCUUAGUAACUUGGUCACAGAACAGACUUUCAGAAUUUUUCUGUAGGUUUUUCUUUCUUUUAGGGCUCUCUGGGAAUAUUACGUAUACACUUUUCCAAAGUAUAGAAAUAGUCAUUAUUAUUAAACUAUCAUACUUUGCUUAUUUCUUUUAUUGUCCAUUGUACUUUUUUUUGUUCGUGUGAAAAUAUUUUUAUAGUUUCAAAUAAUUGAUCAAACUAUUUAUCUUGAAAUUGCAAAUGAAUUUAGUCCAAUAAAUUUAUCUAUCACCCUUUUAAAAAUGCCAAGAAAUAGUAAGUGUAAUUUGCCAAUUUCAUUGUAUAAGUAAACAAUGACACUUUCUAGAAAAGUGCAGGUCGCCAUCAAUUAGCUUUCUUUCAAACUGUUUCUGGACUACUAAAUUUUGAUUUAAGAAUAAUUCUUUUACUAUAUAAGAUUCUUUAUUUAGCAUUUUUGGUAUAUGCAUAAGAUGUGAACUUUUAAAAUGAUAUCUCUUUAUACUAAUAGAGAUGUACAUUUUUUCCUAUGCUGUGGCAAGGGCAAAAAUUAAUGAUUAUUUACAUACUUGAUUUAAUUUCUUAGGCUAUUUACAAUCUUGGAUAUUAUAUUUGAUUUUAAAAUACUAUUCCAUAUAUUUUAACGGAUUAACAAUAUAGGGAAGGAUUUUCAUGUGAAUUAUUUGUAUCAUUUUAAAGUGCAUAUAUUGAAAGGAAAACACAGAUUUAAUUUUGUUUUCAUCAUAUAAAUCUAAGAUGUACUUUUGUAAAAAAUACAUAGUGUGUUAAACUUAUAUUUGUUACUUGGUUAGGUAAACUGAAAAUUAAUGCUAGAAAUAUCUCGCAAUCUUGAAAUACAGUCAAAUUCCAGAUUUGUUAGUUUUAUGAGCAAAUUUAUGCCAUCUUAAUUUUACAUUUCCAGAAAGAUAAAUGAAUCUUAGCUAUAUUAUCAUUCUUAAUUUACAAAAAUAGAUGUAAUUCAUAAAAUUUUUGGCUUUAAAACUAAUUAUAAAAUCAUAUUUCCCCCCUGUUUUUCUUGGGGUUGGGGAAAGGCAUUUUCGUAUUUCUAUUCACUUUUCAAAUGCAGGUCUCAUAACUAUGUGUUGAUGAUAUAAGAUAAUGGAGGACUUUGUAAUAAAAAUAAAUGACUUCAAUUUGUUCAAUAAAUAAUUUAAUGUGAA